GGGGAGCAAACGUCUUCCUAUGACGCACGCGCGUCAUAUCUAUGUCUUAUAACAACAAAGGAUGUUUAUAAAUUUAGUUUUAAAAUACCUUUGCGAUUUAUUAUCGCUGCCAUUUUAGGGUGUAAAGUCUUGCUCAUGCAUUUGCCACUUAAACCAUGCAGUUACACCGGGAAUGAACGUUCCUGCACAACUGGUCAAAUCUGCAAACCUUGAAGGCGAUAUAUCUGCUUUCCAGAUGUUAAAAUGAUUCGCAUUGCAGCGCUGAAUGCUGCUUCGACAGCUGCAGAUGAAUCUCAAGACCCAUUGAGAACCAACAAGAGUCAGACAAAAGAGGCUCAGGAAGCGGAGGCCUUUGCUUUGUAUCACAAAGCUUUAGAUCUGCAAAAACAUGACAACUUUGAGGAAUCUGCCAAAGCCUAUCAUGAGCUUCUUACAACUCCUUUGCUCAAAGAGGCCAUGCCCUCGGAUGAUCAGAGAGUUGGCCUCAAACAUCCCGGGCUGAUGUUGAAGUAUUCAACUUUUAAAAACUUGGCCACCAUGUCUGCGUCUCGAGAUGACCUAGAAACGGCCAUGGAAUUUUAUUUAGAGGCAGUAAUAUUGGAUUCCACGGAUGUGAAUAUGUGGUAUAAGAUUGGUCAGGUGGCUGUUCGACUUGUGCGCAUCCCUCUUGCCCGUCAUGCAUUUGAGGAGGGAUUGAACUGUAACCCAGACCACUGGCCGUGCCUGGACAACCUCAUUACUAUUCUCUACAUACUCAGUGACUACAGCUGCUGUUUGUACUACAUUGCCAAAUCCUUGGAGAAGGACCAUUGCUACACUAAAGCCCUGGUACUAAAGGAAAAAAUCUUCCAGGAGCAGCCUUGUUUGAAAAGGGACACGAUGCAGAUGUUCAUGAAAUGCGACGUGUCGAUUCAUUAUGUAGAGGUGGAAGAAGAGGAGCGCAGGGCCAUUGUGGAGGAGGCGCUGGAAAUAAGGAGGCGCAGGCAGGCUCUGUCCCACUGCGAACCAAAGCCAGACCUUGUCCUGAUUCAGCCUAUCCGCUGCCUCUCAUGGAAGCACGUUGGUGAAAGCUUCCUUGAGAUGUACAAACAUCAGACCACGUGCGAGCCGCCGCGCCCGAGUCUGGGCCGCAGAAUCGACUUGUCAGAGUACCGGGAGCCGAAUCUGCCGCAUUACCUCCCCCAACCCAGCAGUCCUGUCAGCAUGGCUCAAACCCUGGUGCUGAGCAGCAGCCCCAGUUCCUCCCUGCCACCAGUGGCCUUCUCCGAGCCGGCAGUGCUGCCCCAGUCUGCCCCUCAACCUCAAAUCGCAACGAGCCAGGCGGUAGUAGAGAUCACUACUUGUCCUCCCCCUGCUGCUACAGGAAUGGAACUUUCCCUGUCGGACAAAUCAAAGAAGGCUCCAAAAAGGAAGCGCACUGUGGAGGACAGCGGCGAGACGGCAAAGCGUCGGUCGGCACGCGUUCGAAACACAAAAUGCAAAAAAGAAGAGAAGAUCGAUUUUCAGGAGCUGCUUUUUAAAUACUUACCAUCCAGGCUACAGAAGUUUGACCCAGAUAAUGAUGAUGAGAGCCUCAGUAAUCUUGAGACACAGUGUGAUGGGAAGGAGGACAUUCAGCCUAUGCACGGAAGCUGUGUGCCAGUUGACUCGGUUGAAUUCAUGGAAUCUGAGCAAAAGGAUGUCCACAGCUUCCUGCUCAAUAAUAUGAGCAAUGGCGGGAUUCUGGAUCUGAUGAUGCGUUACCUGAAAGCAAUGGGUCAGAAGUUCAUGGAGAAGUGGCCUCGGGGGCUCACCGCCGUGGUGCUGGAGGUCUAUCAGACCUGGAGGAAGCACAGCAGUGGCCUACCCAACCCUCUCCUUCGGGACUGUAGCAACCAACACAUCCGGGAGAUGAUGGCAAUGAGCUUGGCCUGUAUGGAGUUGGAGUUGGAGCAGUGGUUACACAACAAAGGGAAGACCAUUACUCCAAGAAGAAGCUGUGGGAGCCCCAGCAAGGAUGCAACAGACGCAGAAUUCCCUGGCUCACACUUCCAUAGCGAUAUAUUUCUCCUAGCCCUCGGUUCUUCCCAAAAAGACAUUUUUGAGAACGACUGGUUGGCUGUGAUGGUGCGCGUCUACUGGCUAAAGGCACGAUUCUUGACCCUCCAGGGAGACAUGGACUUGGCCCUGGAGAGCUACGAUGUAUGCAUAGGCUUGUUGCAGAGCAAACCAAAGUCGGCAGAUGGGAAACAUUACACAAUCAACCUGCCCAACCUCCGUGGAGAUGCGGCCAUAUCUGUGGAGGAGGUUGAUAAGAGGCUGAAGUCCCUGGAGCGUUGUCAGUCUUUAGAGGAGAUCCAGCGUCUGUUCGAGGCCGCAGACUUCGAGUCAGUCGUACGCCUACUGCAGCCCACUCUUAAUUAUGGAAACAGGAGCAAAGCUUUGGAGUUUGUGAGCUCAGCACCAGAGCGUCCUGCACAGCUGAUGCUCCUACAGAACUCUCUGCUGAAGCUGCAGGACCACCAGCAGUGUUUGGAGUGCAGCGAGCUGGCUCUGAAUGAGGCUCUGCAGCAGCUCAACUGCGCCUCAGCCGGCUCCCCGCCCAGCAAGGAGGAGUGGGUCAGCACCAUUGGAAAGUUGCUGGACGGGAUUGAAGUCUGCUUCGCUAAAGAGGCCAAGCUCCUGAACAACGUCCCCCACCUCUCCAGCAUGGCACGGCUCGCAAACAACUUAAUUCAGCUGAUCGAUCUUAGCAUGAACGUUUCGGAUGAUCCCAAGGAGCCUUAUUUCUUCUCAGUUCAGCCGUGGAUUCUCUUGUAUCGCAUCAUCAAACACGAGGAGGCCGCUUUCAACUGUAUGCUCCGGCAGCACAUGUCGUUAGAUGACGAUGAAGACGAGGCGGAGGCUCCCAUGCUGCCCUCCUCGCUGAUGCUUUUGAACACGGCUCAUGAGUAUCUGGGCCGUCGUUCGCUCUGCUGCAGCUCAGACGGCGCACUCCUCAAGUUCUUUGUUCGAGUUCUGGAAAAGGAGUUUGUAUCUUCCGCCAGCGCUGACUCCCAUCCCUAUAAGGAGGAGCUGGAGAUGGCUUUGGAACAAUGCUUCUUCUGUCUCUACGCCUACCCCAGUAAAAAGAGCAAAGCCCGUUACCUUGAGGACCACUCGUCUCCACAGGUUGAGCUUCAGUGGGGCGACGCCCUCUUCAUGUUCCAGUAUUUCAAGCCCAAAUCGCUGCCCGAGUUCGACAGCUAUAAGACGAGCACCGUGUCCGCGGAGCUCGCCAACCUGCUGAGGAGGUUUGUCGGCAUAGCCCCCACAAGUGACACUCCCAUUCUCACCAUGGAUGAAGUAGCAGCCUACAUCGAAGGCAUGACAGAAAAGGCCCCAUGCCUUCCCGUGGGCAGUGUCCCUGCACCUCUAAUCAUAAAUGAAAUCUACUACCUCCUGGCUGAUUAUCAUUUCAAGAACAAGGAGCAGUCCAAAGCAAUUAAGUUCUACAUGCAUGACAUAUGCGUCUUUCCCAACAGGUUCGACUCCUGGGCGGGCAUGGCUCUGGCCAGGGCCAGCCGAAUCCAAGAAAAGCUAAAUUCCAACGAGCUGAAAAGCGACGUACCCAUAUGGAAGCACUCGCAGGCUGUGCUCAACUGCUUUAAGAGGGCCCUGGAGAUAGACUCCUCCAACCUGUCCCUGUGGAUCGAGUACGGCACCAUAUCGUACGCGCUGCAUUCGUUUGCCUCGCGGCAGCUCAAGCAGUGGCGCAGCGAGCUUCCUCCGGAGGUCGUUAAGCAGAUGGAGGAAAGAAGAGACGCCAUGUUGGAGACGUCGUUUCAGUGUUUCCAGGGGGCCUCCCGCUGUGAGGGUGACAGUGACGAGGAAGAGUGGCUUAUUCAUUACAUGCUGGGGAAGAUAUCAGAGAAACGCAAAAAUCCUCCUGUGGAAUAUCUGCAGCUUUACAAGAAGGCAGCCAACUAUCUGCACGAAGAAGCUGCCAGGUAUCCCCGGAAAAUUCAUUACCAUAAUCCUCCUGACCUAGCCAUGGAGGCGCUGGAGCUGCACUUCCGCCUGAGUGCGAGCAUCCUUAAAUUACUUGAAGCUGAUGAGCCCGACCUGGAGCAUGAGCACUUAUUUACCUUGUUGGUUGAGGCAGCUACCGGGCCUUUUGCAAAGGGGGAAGAAAAGAGCAUGCCAACUUUGCCUCGAUCCAAUGAGAAAGAGAAACCCUCCUCGAUAACGGAUGAAGACUUUAACUGCUCCUCGGCUUGCAUAGGCAAUGUCCACAGCACCUCACUCCCCUCAGCUGCCACCCCAGGUCUGACAUCCCCUCCUUACGUGGCCACGCCAUUUGACCACGAUUACGCCAAACGUAAAACUCUCCGAAGGCAGCAGUGGCAGCAGCAACGGCAUGAGGAGCAGCAGGCUGAUGCCUCACCAGAGUUUGACCAUGAUUACUGCCUGCCCAGGUCUGCAAUAUGGCUGGCUUCACUCAAUGAUCGAAGUCAGGACAGCGAGGUGGUGCUGCUCUCUGAUUCCAACUCCACCCAGGAUGCCUUCAUAGAUCCGACCAGCUCACAAGACAGCAGCCACAAACCCGCGUCUGGCAAAGCCGGGUCCGUGCCUUCGGAAAACAGGGCCCCCGUUAAGGACGGGCCGCCCUCAUCAGAGGACAUGGUCUCACAAAGGGACCAAAGUGGCAUCCUGACAGAGGAGAAGGUUCCACUGGAAGUGGAACCGGUGGUGGUGGUCAUCCCUGAGGCUCCACCCCCGAAGGUCCCUGGGGACCCCUGCUCUAAUCCGUUGCCUGCCGCCGCCACCCCUCCGAAGGCAGCCGCCCCUCAGCAGGCCUCCGCUCAGACACCCGCCAGUGAAGGGAAGAGGAAGCCAGAGCCCCCUGCCGAGGUGAUCGAGGUCCCCAAAGCCCUGCCGGCCGAGCGCGCAGAUCAGAGACGAAUGCUGUUGGAGAUGUGCGUCCGCGCUCUCUUUCUGUGCCUCAGUCGCUUCCCCCAGCACUACAAAAGUCUCUACCGCCUCGCCGUCUUCUACACCAGCAGCAAGACCCACCAGAACCUACAGUGGGCCAGAGAUGUGUUGCUAGGAAGCAGUGUCCCAUGGCAACAGCUGAAGCACAUGCCAGCACAAGGACUUUUCUGUGAAAGAAACAAGACAAAUCUGUUCAAUGGCAUUUGGCGUAUUCCAGUGGAUGAGAUUGAUCGCCCAGGAAGUUUUGCAUCUCAUAUGAACCGAUCUAUUGUUCUCUUGCUGGAGGUGCUGUCUCAGCUUAAGGACCACGACACUCUGCUGAAAGUCUCUUUCAUGCUCCACCGAACCCCUGACCAGGGAAAGAAGUAUUUACGGGAUGUUGACCGCCAGGUUUUUGCCAAGAGAGCAUUUUUCCUAACUGUAAAAGUGCUGGAGGACAAUCUUAACAGUCUCACAGGGGUGUCUGAGCAGCUUCCCAAAGCGCCCGCGCCCUCCAUGGGGGAGAUGACCACCACGGACAUAUCCAACAGGCCCAGCUCGGAGGACGGCAAGCACGCGGGGCUUAAAAAGCCAGGGCUCACAGAGGGAGCCUGUGCUGCUGCUGAGAGCGGGCCCAGGGAAGCCCCCCAGGCUCAGCUGGCCCCCCCACAGCCGUCCGCGGAUAAAGGGAUCAAGACUCCGGAGGGCCCGCCCGGGAAGGCGGAAGCUGCCGGAAAUGAGGGGCACAAAGCGGGGCCCGAGGAGCCCAUGGAGCUGGACGUCGGCCACUGGAAAAAGCCCUCCGGCGCCGCCGAUUCUCAGGGCAACCAGACGGAGGCGGAGGCCUCCCUGAGCGGCGCGGACCCGCCGCAGAAAGGGACUGAGAGCAGCCGGACGCCGGAGCUGUCCCUGGAAGAGCUGAGCAUCAGUUCCAGGCAGCAGCAGCUGCAGGCCUCGGCCCCGAAGGCCAAUGCGCCCGACCAGGGGCCGCUGCGAAAGCCCAAUAGGAAAAGGAAGCUUCUAGAAGACGUGGAGUCUGGAAAAACCCUCCUGCUCGACGCCUACAGGGUGUGGCAGCAAGGCCAGAAAAUCAUGACCUACGACCUGGGCCGCAUCGAGAAGAUCAUGUCGGAGACUUACAUGCUGAUAAAACAGGUCGAUGAAGAUGUAGCUCUGGACCAAGCUGUGAAGUUCUGCCAGAUACAGCUGGCAACUUCUGCACAAAGACAGGUAAAGAUGUGUCCCUCGGCGUGUUCCCCUACGAUCGCGCCGUCUCGCUCUCUGAGCGCCCGUUCCGGUGUGUGGCCGCGUCGGCGUUUGGUUCCUGCGCGGCGCCGAAAUGCUGGGGUCUCCUGUCCGUCAGGCCAGCGCCGCCGCGGCCGCCACCGCCCGGCGCCUGCACGCCAAACAAUGGCCGACCUGUUUGCUUUCAGGAUAAUUGGCCUCCGGCGCUGCGGUUAA